UGUUCCAAAAAAAUGGCGGCGAUUGGAAUGUGUGAAACUCCCGGCUGCAAAUCUGUUGCUCAAUUGCAAUGCCCAACGUGUAUAAAACUCGGAAUACAAGGCUCAUUUUUUUGUAAUCAAGACUGCUUCAAGAAGUCUUGGAAGAAUCACAAAAUAAUUCACUCGUUGGCGAAGGGUGAGAGUACAGAUGCGUCUAGUGUGGAGUAUAACCCCUGGCCGUCAUUUAGUUUCACUGGGAAGUUGAGGCCGUUCCCGCCGGGGCCGAAGCGUACAGUGCCACCGCACAUAGGCCGCCCGGACUACGCAGACCAUCCGACUGGCUUCCCUGCGUCUGAGAAUGCCGCGAAGGGUUCGGGUCAGAUUAAAGUGCUUGACGAUGAGGAAAUCGAAGGCAUGCGUGUAGCUUGUCGCCUUGGUAGAGAGGUGCUAGAUGAGGCAGCCAGAGUGUGUGAUGUGGGAGUGACUACUGAUGAGAUAGAUCGCAUUGUACAUGAAGCCUGCAUAGAGCGGGAGUGCUACCCCAGCCCACUCAACUAUCACAACUUCCCUAAUAGCUGCUGCACAUCUGUCAAUGAGGUCAUCUGCCACGGUAUACCUGAUCUACGCCCCUUGGAGGAUGGUGAUAUCUGCAAUGUAGAUGUGACAGUCUAUCACCGAGAAUUCCAUGGUGAUCUCAACGAGACCUUCUUCGUUGGAAAUGUGCCUGAGUCCAGCCGGAAACUAGUUCAAGUUACAUAUGAAUGCUUGGCUAAAGCUAUAGAGAUAGUAAAACCUGGUGAGAAGUACAGGGAGAUUGGCAAUGUGAUUCAGAAGCAUGCUCAGGCCAAUGGGCUCAGCGUAGUGCGCUCAUAUUGUGGACAUGGCAUACACAGGUUGUUCCAUACCACACCCAAUGUGCCACAUUAUGCCAAAAACAAAGCUAUUGGUGUGAUGAAGCCAGGGCACUGCUUCACUAUAGAGCCGAUGAUCAAUGAAGGAGGGUGGCGCGACGAGCAGUGGCCAGAUCACUGGACCGCUGUCACUGCUGAUGGCUCUCGCUCAGCUCAAUUUGAACAAACACUCCUGGUGACGGAGACUGGUUGCGACAUCCUGACACAGCGCUCGACUGGCCGACCAUGGUUUAUGGACCAACUAGAGAAACUCAAUGCCAAGUCCUAGGGACCACAUCACUGCUCAUCCACUGAGGUGAACAUUACAUAAUAAAAUAUAUAAACUGAGAAGGGGUUGUUGGAAUAAAUACUGAAUAGACUGCUAGAGUUGAGCUUUAAACGGGAAUGUUUUUAUGAAAGUGAUAACUAUACUGACCGUCUAGUACACUCAGAUGUUAUGUAGUUGUAUUUAAACUAAAAAGCAUUAGCAUAUUAACCUUUGUAACUACAAUUUGAGAAUCACCACCAGUAGAAGAAUAUCACAAUUUAAGACUUCUACAUGGUAAUGGGCUUACAAUUUGAACAUAUAACUGUGCAAUAUUAUUAAACGUAUCCACCUCAGUGGAAGCAUAAUGUAGGUUAGUUAAAAAUAAUGAAUUAGGAACUGUUUAUAUUGAAGUGUUUUUGUAAUAUUCAGGUUUGAGAUAUGAAUGAUGGAAAUUGAAUAAAACUUGAGCUAAGUUGAGACGUAAAUAUUAUUAAGUUAAACACAAGUCAAACUGAGAUCCUCCUUUUUUUUUAAAUCGAUUUAACUCGUCGAGUAUC